AUUGCAUAUAUUUUGGUUUAGGAUUUCAUAACUAUUGCAAUUUUAGAUAGCUCAAAAAAAAAAAAGAUGGAGAACAAACAAGAUAAUCACAAUGAUCACCAAGAAGAAAUCAUUUUCCGAUCAAAGCUUCCUGACAUUUACAUCCCAGAUCACCUCCCCCUCCACACCUACUGCUUCGAAAAAGUUUCUCAAUUCAACGACCGUCCCUGUCUCAUCGACGGCAACACCGGCGAGAUUUUCACUUACGCCGACGUCCACCUCACUUCCCGUAAAGUCGCCGCCGGCCUUCACAAGCUCGGAAUCAAGCAAGGUGAUGUCAUCAUGCUUUUACUCCGGAACUGCCCGGAGUUCGUCUACGCUUUCCUCGCCGCCUCGCACAUAGGCGCCAUCGUCACCACCGCCAACCCGUUCUACACGCCGGCGGAGGUGGCCAAGCAAGCGGCGUCGUCGAAGACCAAGCUCGUUAUAACUCUCUCGGGAUACCUCGACAAGGUGAAAGACUUCACCGGUGGCGAAAGUGGCGUGAAGGUAAUGUGCGUGGACGCGCCGGCGGCGGAUAGUGAGUGUCUGCAUUUCUCGGAGCUGAAGCAAGCCGACGAGGGUGAGAUUCCGGCUGUUGAUAUUCAGCCAGACGACGUCGUUGCGUUGCCUUAUUCGUCUGGAACGACGGGGCUUCCAAAGGGUGUGAUGUUGACUCACCGAGGAAUGGUGACCGGCGUGGCUCAGCAAGUGGAUGGGGAUAAUCCCAAUUGGUACUUCCACGAAAACGACGUCAUUCUCUGCGUUUUGCCGGUCUUCCAUGUUUAUUGUCUGAAUGCGAUUUUGCUGUGUGGGAUUCGGGUCGGAGCCGCUAUCCUGAUCAUGCAGAAGUUUGAGACCAACAAGAUGCUUGAGUUGAUCGAGAAGUUCAAGAUCACCAUCGCACCGGUGGUUCCUCCGAUAGCCUUAACGGUUGCCAAGUGUCCCGACCUUCACCGGUACGACUUGUCGUCGAUUCGGACCGUCAUGACUGGCGGAGCUCCGAUGGGUAAGGACCUCGAGGAUGCCGUCAAGGAUAAACUUCCCAAUGCCACACUUGGACAGGGCUAUGGUAUGACAGAGGCAGAAUGUCUGUCAUUGUGCUUGGCGUUUGCAAAGGAGCCAUUCCCGACUAAGUCUGGCACGUGUGGUACAAUCCUUAGGAACGCUGAGAUGAAGAUUGUUGAUCCUGAUACUGGCGCGUCCCUUCCACGUAACCAACCCGGAGAGAUUUGCAUUAGGGGUAAACAAGUCAUGAAAGGUUACUUCAAUGAUAGUGAGGCGACAAAGGCGACCAUAGACGAAAGAGGAUGGCUUCACACAGGUGACAUAGGGUUCAUCGACAACGACGAUGAGCUCUUCAUUGUGGAUCGAUUGAAGGAACUCAUCAAAUACAAAGGCUUCCAAGUUGCCCCAGCUGAGCUUGAGUCCAUGCUCAUUGCCCACCCCAACAUUUCUGAUGCUGCUGUUGUUCCAAUGAAAGAUGAAGCUGCAGGAGAGGUCCCUGUUGCGUUUGUUGUAAGAUCAAAUGGUUCAAAAGUCACUGAGGAUGAUAUCAAGCAAUACAUCUCAAAACAGGUGGUGUUUUACAAGAGAAUUAGUAAGGUAUUCUUCAUAGAAGAAAUCCCAAAAAGCCCUUCAGGAAAAAUCUUGAGGAAAAUCUUAAAAGCAAGACUUGAUAGUGCUACUUAACAAGCCAUUUAGGCAUAUUUUUCAUUUCUUUUCUUUUUCUCAUGCAUUGAUCAUAUAAAGUUAAUAAAGCCAUUGUCAUCAUGGAAAGAAGUACAAGUACAUAUAUGGAUUUUUGUAUAAGAAUUUGAUAUAUUAUUAUCAUCUCUCAUAUUGGACUCACUCUUAAUUUGGAAUAAAAAGGUAAAACAUUAUAUGCUAA